ACAUUUGGCUACUUUGCCCAAUUUCUCAUUUUCUUUUUUUCUUACCUAUUCUUUCUCAUCAUUUUCAACAAAGCUGCUCAAACCUCGCAUCCCUGCGUCAUGUCUCGGUGUAUCUCAACAUAACAGCUACAUGAUCGCAGCAUGCCCAUACCAGUUGGAUAACCUCGUCUGUUCCCGGUAUCCUGCGCAGGUAACGUCGUCUCGAGGAGCGGUGAAGCAACGGAAAUUUCCUCGGCGUGCUGCCCGCGUUCUACAAUCAUCAUGGGCCAACUCGGAGAUCUGUCGCCCAAUGCCAGCGUUGCUGUCGGCGUCAUCGUGGGCUUAAUCUCAACCAGCGUACAGAGUCUGGGCUUGACAUUACAGCGGAAAAGCCAUAUACUAGAAGAUGAAAAGGCGCCGGACAUUACACGUCGACCGCCCCAUCGUCGGAGAAGAUGGCAGCUCGGCAUGCUCAUGUUUAUAAUUUCGAACCUUCUUGGAAGCUCUAUCCAAAUAACAACAUUACCACUGCCUGUCCUUUCUACGCUUCAAGCGUCCGGGCUCGUAUUCAAUUCGAUAUGUGCGACUUUGAUACUCGGAGAACCCUUUACGCGGUGGUCGUUGGUGGGAACAGUAUUGGUUUGCGCGGGCGCAGUGUUGAUUGCCACGUUUGGUGCGAUUGCAGAACCGGCGCAUACUUUGGAUCAACUUUUGGCGCUUUUGGGCCAGAGACAGUUUGUGCUCUGGAUGGUUGGACAGGCAAUUUUGGUUGUUUUGAUUAUUAUCGGUGCCAGAUGCCUCCAAUUACUUCACCCUCGUGCCCAUAGCAGUGCGCGAAUGCGUCUUGCCAGGGGAAUGUCCUAUGGCGCGAUCAGCGGGAUCCUCUCCGCGCAUUGCCUUCUUUUGGCAAAAUCAGCAGUCGAACUGCUAGUCCGCACUGUGGUCGACCGCAGUAACCAGUUUAACCGGUGGCAGUCGUGGGUCAUUCUUGUGGGAUUGGUUGUACUCGCACUGACCCAGCUCUACUAUCUUCACUGCGGCUUGAAGCUUUGUUCUACCAGCGUUCUAUACCCUUUUGUUUUCUGCAUUUACAACAUUAUUGCCAUUCUGGAUGGCCUCAUCUAUUUCCGGCAGGUGUCGAGUUUGGGCGCAUUGAAAGGGUCUCUUAUUGCUCUUGGCACUGUCAUUCUCCUCUCUGGCGUUCUUGCCCUUUCAUGGCGUCUCAGCGAUGAGUCAGUUACCAAACCGCCCGUGGCACACUCUGCUCUCGGCCCCGGUCUCGGCUUUGUCGAAGAAGCUCCAGAGGGCGUCUCGCUCUACGACGAUUACGAUGACGACUCUGAUCACGAUUAUACACCCUAUCUAGAGGACGAAGAGGCCGCCAUUGCCGUCCGCGAAGGCGAAAGACAGCCCCUCCUCGUGCGACGCAAACGUCAGCAAAGCCACCAGCACGGCACCAUGGAUCCUACUGCCAGAGACGAUCGCAUUCUAAGCGCAACGCGUCUGGGCAGACAGGGACUAGCUGAAGCCGCUGAAAUCUGGGAUGAACUCGACGACCAGGACGACAGUCUAUUCCGCCGCCGUCAUCAACUCCAACAUGCCCGUACAUCAUACACCUAUAACCCUCGCGCCAAUACAGCCAAUGCGCGUGCGCGUGCAAUGAGCACACCUACGAAAUUAUUUCUCCGCCGCUCGUCACGACCAACACAUGGCGCCGCCUCCAACGAAGCUCACGCCAGAAACCAUCGUCUUCUCUCCUCCAAGGGAAACCUACGAAUCAAUACCGCAGAUAUCGACGACUCAUCAUUGACCUCUCCUGAACUGUCCCCGUCUCCUCUGUUCCAUUCCAAAAACGACCCUAGUACAGUGACUCGUCGCCGCAGCUUACAAUACCGCAACGAACAUGCACUGCGCCAUGACGAUGCUCAACAAGACUCGGAUACCUCACGCCGCUUAAGCUACUCAUCUUCGUCAAACCUACCGUCAGACGUACAUCAUCACCCCGCUCCCACUGCCCGCCCUCUUUCCCGUUCUGCUAGCACGCCUGUCCACCGUCCCCCACCGUUAUCAGAUGCUGAAUACGAUGCUCAUGACCACGAGGACCAAUCGAGUCCCACCGCGCCCGACACCCCGUCGGCAUCGACAGGCGAAUGGUGGAAAAUGAUGCGUCUCUGGCCCCGCGCCAUUGGCGCCUCGGCAGCAGCAAGCAUCUCUGGUAGUAUCCGCAGUAGCAGGAGCAAGAAUAAGGAUAAGGAUAAAGCGCGCAGGACACGGAAUCCGUCUGGUCCAGACGAAAAUGUAAAUGAUCAGUAGCCAUUAUUUUUCUUUUUUUUUUUUUUUUGUUUUCUU